UUGGAAUUUUGGACAGCAGAGGCAGCUUUUGCGUUGGGUUUCGGCAUUUUUAUUGGGGUGUGGGGUCGAUGAUGCAUUAAAGAUGCUCGCGAUCCCGUGCUACGUUACCGUUUGUUCCUAGUCGGGCUGCUGCUGGCCUUGCUUGCGCCGGUAGCACAGCCUCCUAAUCUUCGAGUCUUCUUCCCUCCGCUGCAACUCUUCAUCAAGACGGCGACCAAAACCUCUUAUAGUAGUUAUAAAAGCACCGCCGCUAAGAUCAAUAGCAAUUGCUCCAUCGAGAUCGACGAUUCGCGCUCCGUCAUGUCUAAGGCUCGUGUCUACACUGAUGUUAAUGUUCUUCGCCCCAAAGAAUAUUGGGAUUACGAGUCUCUCACCGUUCAGUGGGGAGACCAGGAUGAUUAUGAGGUUGUUCGGAAAGUUGGAAGAGGAAAAUACAGUGAGGUUUUUGAAGGAAUAAAUGUUACCAGUAAUGAGCGGUGCGUCAUCAAGAUCCUCAAGCCUGUCAAGAAAAAGAAGAUAAAAAGGGAAAUAAAAAUACUUCAAAACCUUUGUGGCGGCCCUAAUAUUGUGAAGCUGCUUGAUAUUGUCAGAGAUCAGCAUUCAAAAACUCCUAGCUUAGUAUUUGAAUUUGUGAACAGCACAGAUUUCAAAAUUUUGUACCCUACACUGACGGAUUAUGACAUUCGCUACUACAUAUAUGAGCUUCUCAAGGCACUAGAUUACUGCCAUUCUCAAGGUAUCAUGCAUAGAGAUGUCAAGCCUCACAAUGUUAUGAUAGACCAUGAGCUGAGAAAACUUCGCCUGAUAGAUUGGGGUCUUGCUGAGUUCUACCAUCCUGGCAAGGAAUACAACGUUCGUGUAGCUUCGAGAUACUUUAAGGGGCCUGAGCUCCUUGUCGAUUUGCAAGACUAUGACUAUUCCUUGGACAUGUGGAGCCUUGGUUGCAUGUUUGCAGGAAUGAUAUUUCGCAAGGAGCCAUUCUUUUAUGGCCAUGACAACCAUGACCAGCUAGUCAAAAUUGCCAAGGUACUUGGUACAGACGAACUAAAUGCAUAUCUGAACAAAUACCAAUUAGAGCUUGAUCCUCAGCUUGAUGCUCUCGUGGGGAGGCACAGCAGGAAGCCCUGGUCCAAGUUUAUUAAUGUGGAUAAUCAGCAUCUAGUUUCACCGGAGGCCAUUGAUUUUCUUGAUAAGCUCCUCCGCUAUGAUCAUCAGGAUAGGCUUACUGCAAGGGAAGCAAUGGCCCAUCCAUAUUUCUUUCAAGUGAAAGCUGCGGAAAAUAGCAGGAUGAGGACACAGUAACCCUUCCAUAUGCAGGUACCUGAAAUAAGAAACUAAAAUUCGAUGGUGCCUUUCUGUUGGGGUGCAACAAGUUUGUGUUACAUGUUCCGACUAAAUGAUCAGUUGUCUCUGUUCAGUUCAAGGCAGAAGCUCAGGAAUUUAUUGUUUGAUCUCAAAACCGUCUCCUUGCUGAUAGAGAGAUUAAAUGUUGUAUUUUUUGUAUUAUGGUUUUCGCAUGAUUGUUAUUGUUUUUAAUCUUCACACACCUGAGAUUUUUUCAUUGAGAACUUGUAGAAUAGGUCUUAAAAACAUUUAUAUGGUUAUGUUGUUGAUCAAUUCUGCAUGCAUGAGGAAGAGUUCCAACUCAUCCAUGAUGGUGGCAGUGAUUGGUUCUCAAGAGCUUUCCCUGGCAAAAAUGAUGAAUAUCAUUUCACUCAGAUUCUCACUCA